GACAGUACAAACUCACACACCGUCCUAUACAUCUGUGACACACACCCAUCCACACACACUCACACUCACAGAACUCGACUGUAACACAAAAGGAAAUUACUUUGCAGACAUGUUAUUGUUAUUAUACGUGACUACUGUUUCCUGCGUCUUGUUUGGUGGUUCAUCUGCUGAAUUUUUUGAAAAACGUAUGUGCUAUGGCAGAACUUUGAGAUUGCCAUUUAGUUUUACCCCACCUCUUUUCAAUGGACAGUUGUACUUCACUCCGAAGAAUGGUGGAUCCAGGAAGCUAGUGAUGGAUAAGGACGAGGCAAAGGAGUCACGCCUAAAAAUUUCCAUUGGCUCAGUUGAACUCACAGAUUUGACAGAAAGAGAUGAGGGAACGUUUUCUGUCUCAGUUGAUGAUGCUAUGCCAUACGAUGUGAUCAAACUGCAAAUUGUGGAGUGUGCUUACAGGAUGUACAGGAAUUACGGGAAAUCAUAUUCCUAUACUGUUCCUAGACAGACUGAAUUCGUGGAUUUCACUCCCCUUCACGGUGAGGACCUACCGAGGGUCCUGUGGAAUCGCACCGACCCUCAGGACAAUAAGGGAAGCAGAUGGCAGAUGAAGGGUUUUAUCUGGGAGAUUAAGAACGUCAAUCAGGCAGAUAGCGGCUACUACAACUUCAGAAAAAAAGACAACACUUUGCUGUCUAGGAUACGGCUCACAGUGAAAGAGAACAAUAGACACUAUAAUACGAAUGUGAAUGAACGGCUCCUCAUCCAAAAUCCUACGUUCGUUGCCACAUGGACUGUGACUUUUACACCAGCAGGGGAAGUGGAAAACAACACAUUGAUGGAAGCAGGCAAUUUGGUCACAGAUGAUAGCAGGAUUCGGAUCGUGCCUAAGGGCAUAGAGAUUGAUCCUGUAAAUAUCAUAGACUCUGGCACCUUUGAGUUCAGAGACCAGCAAGGCUACCUGGCCCAGAUUGUGAUAGUGGAGGUAGAACUAGAACCUCUUCCUCUUGUCCUUCAUCCAUAUGUUUAUGUUGCUAUUACUGGCGGGAUUAUCUUUGCGGUGGUUGUCUGCUGUUGCUGUGUGAAAAAGUGCUGUUGUAAAAACAGCUCUUCCAAAAGCCAUGAGUCUGCUCCUGAGACUGCAGCAGCACCUGCUGUGUAUUACCAUGAUUUGAUUGAACCUGCAGGCCCAAGUUACUCUGUUGCACCUGGAGAACAUACAACUACCUCCCUUGAGCCAUCGGUUGAACCUCUAGGAGGGCAAGAAGGCGAUCCAGCUCCUACAUUCGGCUCUGAUUGUCGCUCCUCAGACCCUGUGCCAAAGUUUGAGCUCAAAAGACAGCCCAUUCCCUCUGCAGUCCCCCUCGUUUCAGACUCAAUUUUCUGUGAUGUUUACACCUCAGAUAAACUUAACUUUCUGUAAGGAGCACACCGUACAUUCAGAGAUGCAGAGUUGAAUUUAGCAUUGUGCAUUGUGACUAGCGGAAAUAGAGCCAUUUAAGUGGUGUACAGAAAAAGGACCAUGUAUUCCUGUUUAAUAUGGAAUAUAAAUGUGUUUCAUAAACUCAGGUUAUAAUUAAAAUGCAUAACUUACACCGUAUGCUGCUGCCAAGGAUAUUGAAGAAAGGGGAGAUGAUGUUACAAUGAGGACUGAAAGUGAGUCUGGGUAGCAGAUUUUGCAAAUUGAGGAUGUCAAACUGACUUCAAUACUAAUGUGGAUCAAAACGCGACACUCAGCAAUUUAAACCACUGUCACCAGGUUUACUUUUAAACCCUUGUCAUGUUCCUUCAGCCUCAUAUAUAGCAACGUGUUUGUGUGGCUUUGAUCAUUACAUUCUGGGAAAUUAUAUAUGAUAUUAUUUUUGUCUUUAUGCUUUGUAUAAAUAGUCCUACACAAGGAAAUGUAAUUUUUUGAGAAAAAAACUAUUCAAUUUCUGUGGGACUGGGAUCGCACUCAGAAGUGUAAAGAAUUUUAUAAGUCAGCAAAUAUAUAUGUUCAUUUUUGUA